GAGGAGUGCUGUCUCUUAGGAAGAGGCUAACUAGGACUAAGUCAUGGGUGCCAAGCCCUGGUGAGCCCAGGUUGGGGCUGGGGCUGGGGCCCUAAGCAUUAGGCAGGGAAAGCAGCCAGAGGCACAGGCCCAAUCUGCAUCUUUUGACUUUACUGUGGUUCCUUCCCAUUAUAGCUCUCAAAGUGAACCCUAAUUUGGAAGAGGGGACCCUCUCCCACAUCCCAAAGGUGGUGAAAAGAAUGUUGGGAAUCUUCUCUUUUCAGUAUCUCCCUCACGGAGCUUUUUUUUUUUUCUCUCCCUCUUCCCCCUCCUCAUUCCCUUAAUUGCAGAUGUUCUAAUUAAACCCUCAAAUAGUUGUUAUGCUGUUUUAAAAGGUACUUAUUCAAGUGUCAACCAGGCUGUGCUGGGAGGAGGCAGCAUAGGGCGGCGAAUUAAAGGUAGAUUGACUAAUCACGGCGGCGAUCAUAAUAAUAAAAUCAGAGGGAAAAAAAUCACAUUACGACUUUUCGUGGAAAGGAGGGAGCAGGCAGCCAGCGGCCGCCAGCCCUGUGCCGCCGACACAAAGAGUGCGGGCGAUUCCGCGAGACUGAUUUAUGACGUUUUACAGCCCUAUAAAAGCUGUAGCGAGGAGGCAAGCGCUCCUACCACCGCUGGCAGAUUUAGUCUAAUAAAUAAAACAUAAACAGUUAACUUUAUGUGUCACUUUUAUUGUUAUCAAGUAAAAUAUAGCCGAGCCCCGGCAAGCUAUGAUUUUAAACUAUAAUUGUUAUCAAGUACAACAAGGAGACCUGGCUCCCACCCUGGGCUUUCCCCUCUGCUGCCCCCCCCCCCAACUCUGAGUUAUAGAAGAUCACUUAAUUGGAGUCCGAUGACGAGGAGGCCACCCUUAGCUAAGGAACCAGUGGCUGGAAAAAUAGUCCUUCCUUGCCCCAUCUCUCUUCCCUGACUCUGCCACCUCCCGUGAGGAUAUUCUGUGUGUGUGGGUGACAGAGGGAGGGAGCAGGGCAAGAAUAGGCCAGAGACCCCUGCCCUGCCUCCAAAGAGUAGUUACCUCACCUCUUCUUUUUGGAAGGCAGCCUGGAGCUGGCCCUUGGGAAUAUGUGUUUACAUGUAAACACACGUGUUACACGGAUAUAGUCUCAGAUUGGAAGCAAGCAGGCUCUGCCCACACAGGCUUCCCUUGAGGGUGCUGUGAGAAGUCAGAAGGCCAGGGAGCAGGAGUCACACAAGAGUCAUCAGUAGUAGAUCUCUGCUCUGGGCUCUGGGCUCUGGGGCCUGGGCCGGGAAGGACAGUGGGUAGCAGGGGUGUCAAGAUUUCUGAAAUCUGCUUUUGCCAACCACUUCCUGUCUUUCUUCAGAGGGGGCUCAAGCCCUAGACUUCCAGAAAUGACAUCAGGAUCAUUUGUAUCCCGCUGCCUCAACCUGCCUAGUACUGCUGGGACCCUGUCUCCAAGGCCCCUUGGCCAAGAGGGUUGGGUGAGUGUGUAUGGGAUAGGGGAAAUGGACUUGAGGAUCCGUGAAUGGGGUAGGGCAGUUCAGGCUCUCCAGCCUUCUAAGCUCAACCUCGGCCCCUCCCCAUCCAACCUGCACUGAAGCCCUCAUUGAACUUCCUCUUCCUGCGAAAGAGGGGCGCUGCCCUGUGACCUACACAGACUGCAACACGAUUGCCAUAAUGGAGACCACUGGAAAGGCACUGGAGCUGAGGCCCACGGGGCCCACUGGAGGCCGGAGAGGAGACUCUGGGCGGGGGCUAGAUCACAGCCUCCCGACAGCCCCCAGUGCCCAAACAUUGGAGUCGAGCUGGGAGCCACCCAUCUUUAGCAAGGAAGGAUUGUCAGUCUGGUGGGGUGUGCAAUGGUGAGCACCCCAGCUUCUGCCAGCCAUCCCCCACCCCCACCCCCAGCAGCAGCAGCACCACCACCACAUACACAAAAAAUUGGAUACAUUUUGAAUAAAGCGAUUCGGUUCCUUAUCCGGGGACUGGGUUGCUCGGUGUGAUUGGCCGGCGGAGUCACAUGGUGAAAGUAACUUUACAGGGUCGCUAGCUAGUAGGAGGGCUUUAUGGAGCAGAAAAACGACAAAGCGAGAAAAAUUAUUUUCCACUCCAGAAAUUAAUGAUCAUGAGCUCGUAUUUGAUGGACUCUAACUACAUCGAUCCGAAAUUUCCUCCAUGCGAAGAAUAUUCGCAAAAUAGCUACAUCCCUGAACACAGUCCGGAAUAUUACGGCCGGACCAGGGAAUCGGGAUUCCAGCAUCACCACCAGGAGCUGUACCCACCACCGCCUCCGCGCCCUAGCUACCCUGAGCGUCAGUAUAGCUGCACCAGUCUCCAGGGGCCUGGCAAUUCGCGAGCCCACGGGCCGGCCCAGGCGGGCCACCACCACCCUGAGAAAUCGCAGCCGCUCUGCGAGCCGGCGCCUCUCUCAGGCACCUCUGCCUCCCCGUCCCCAGCCCCGCCAGCCUGCAGCCAGCCAGCCCCUGACCAUCCCUCCAGCGCCGCCAGCAAGCAACCCAUAGUCUACCCUUGGAUGAAAAAAAUUCACGUUAGCACGGUGAACCCCAAUUAUAACGGAGGGGAGCCCAAGCGCUCGAGGACAGCCUACACCCGGCAGCAGGUCCUGGAAUUAGAGAAAGAGUUUCAUUACAACCGCUACCUGACCCGAAGGAGAAGGAUCGAGAUCGCCCACUCGCUGUGCCUCUCUGAGAGGCAGAUCAAAAUCUGGUUCCAAAACCGUCGUAUGAAAUGGAAGAAGGACCACCGACUCCCCAACACCAAAGUGAGGUCAGCGCCCCCGGCCGGCGCUGCGCCCAGCACCCUCUCGGCAGCCACCCCCGGCACUUCUGAAGACCACUCCCAGAGCGCCACGCCGCCGGAGCAGCAACGGGCAGAGGACAUCACCAGGUUAUAAGACAUAACUUACACCCCUGCCCCCACCCUGUGCUCCGUGCCCCCCUCACACACAAAUUGACUCUUAUUUAUAGAAUUUAAUAUAUAUAUAUAUAUUUUGGUUCUUUUCUCUCUCUUCCUCUUGCCUCCUCCCUUGUCAGUUCCAAACAGACAAAACAGAUAAACAAACAAGCCCCUUGCCCUUUUCCCUUGCUGUUAAAGACCCCUUUAAGCAUGUGGUGUUGUCUUAGCAUGGUACCUGCUGGGUUUUUGUUGUUGUUGUUUUGUUUUGGGUUUUUUGUUUUGUUUUGUUUUGCUUUGCUUUGCUUUUAAGGCCAUUGGGGGGGGUAUUUAUUUUUUAAGAAAAAAAGCUGCAAAAAUUAUAUAUUGCAAGGUGUGAUGGUCUGGUUUGGGUGAAUUUCAGGGGAAAUGAGGAAAAGAAAAAGGAAAGGGAGAUUUGUAAGUGGAGUCUCAUCCUCUCUCCUCCUCCUUUCCCCCCAUCUCUUUCCUUAGGCCUUUUGCAUUGAAAAUGCACCAGGGGAGGUUAGUGAGGGGGGAAGUCAUUUUAAGGAGAACAAAGCUAUGAAGUUCUUUUGUAUUCUUGUGGGGGGGUGGAAGGAGGGGGGAGGACAGCAAACAAAGCUAAAUGCAUCUGGAGAGCCUCUGGGAGCUGUUCAGUUUGAGGAGCCAAAAGAAAAUAAAAAUGAACUUUCAGUUCAGAGAGGCAGUCUGUAGGUAGAUGCUCCCCCUACCCUCAUCGUGGUUAUUGUGUUUUUUGGACUGAAUUUACUUGAUUAUUGUAAAACUUGCAAUAAAGAAUUUUAGUGUUGAUGUGAAAUGCCCCGUGAUCAAUAAUAAACCAGUGGCUGUGAAUUAGUUUUACGU